UUGAGUAUAUAUACACAAUAAGUAUACACCCAACGUAUACACAUCAAAAUUUCUCUAGCUAAAAUGGGCAACUUUAUUGGCCAUGUACUGCCCGGGGCAGGAUUCUUCCUUAUUGGGCUCUGGCAUCUUUUCAAUACAUUAAAAAAUUAUGCUCGGUCUCCAGAGGAAUUCCACACCAGACCCUGGUUUCCCGCUAAAUUUAGAGGCAGAAUAUUAAAGCAUUUGGAGCUGCUAGCUAUUUUAGCGGGGUCCUGCCUUUCAAUUUCUGCAGAGCUUUUCAUCGGGCCAAAGCGACACCAGCCUCUGGCAGAUGACUGGACUAUACCUCCCGACCACCUCAACAAUUUCGAGCACUCUUCUAUUUCCUUGUUUUUUCUCAUCUAUGCCGCCGUGGCAAUCUACGUGGACAACCAUGAGAUCCACGUGCCACACGGGCUGCUCCACGUCAUCGCCGCGCUGGCGUUCAGCCAGGAGUUAUUGCUGUUUCAUCUGCACUCCGCUGAUCACAUGGGGGCUGAGGGGCAAUACCACUGGCUCCUACAGCUCAUAGUACUAGUUAGCCUGACCUCCACUAUUUUAGAGGUACCUUUUCCCAAGAGCUUUUUAGUGGCCAUGGUGAGAUCAAUGUCGAUUUUGUUUCAGGGAUUAUGGUUUGUACACAUGGGAUUCAUGCUGUGGAUUCCUGCGUUUAUUCCAAAAGGGUGUAAAAUGAACCCAGAGAACGGUCACAUGGUGGUGAAGUGCGAUGAGCAGGGGGCUAACAUGAGAGCCAAAGCUCUGGCCAAUCUGCAGUUCAAUUGGUACUUGGCCUCCCUAACUAUUUUCACUGUAAUUGUGUAUGUUAAAAUGAUGAAACAUUAUGGCGGCGAAAAUUUAGUGGCGUAUAGAGCUGUGGAAAGCAGCCGUGAUGUAGAGAUGGGAAACGCCGCCAAAUAUAGCGGCGCUGGACACAGACGGUCACCAGAUGGUUCGCAAAGCUCCAUGGACAUGGACAUGGACAGUAUGGAGCCUCUAAAUUUAGAACGAUGAAAGGCUAAAGCAUUAAUGUCUUCUACCUUUUUUAUUUUUUUUUGGAAUUGGAGGUUUUCUUACUUUACCUAUAAAUUUGUGUUUGUGUAAUUUACGGUGUGAA